GACCCAGGAUCUGUAAUAUAAAUACUAUUUCAUGAGAGAAGUGGGGUUUGAAAUCUCGCGAGUUCUUGUGGUCUCCACUUGGCUGCUUGGUGUGUCAAAAUACCCCGCUCGCACAUCCUUUCUCAGCUGACGCCGUCUGGGGUGGAGAGCCCAAAAGAAGUCGUGUGGAGAGGUGAGCCUACCGUUCGGACAAUGUUUUGAAAGACCAUAUUUGACUGCAAAUCGUUGAGGUUGUAAUGCUUUCCACUGGCAUGAGACCUGGUAACAUGGGGCUGAGGUGAGGAUGGAAUACCCUCCGUCGAAAUCAGACAAAAUGGGAAAAUCAAGACUGUUUCGCAUCUUUCUGAUCCUGGGCUCCGUGUUCAUGAUCCUGUUGAUCAUUAUCUACUGGGACGAUGUGGGGGCGACCCACUUCUACCUGCACACCACCAUAUCUGGUCCUCACACCUCCCGGCAGCCCCCGGAGGGUAACCCCGAUCCCAAACCCAAGCCAGGUGCGGACAAAGAGCCCUCUUUCCUGUCGGACAUUGAUGCCUUUGUCAACCAGUUCCUGGUUGGCACUGCAGACCCCACUGAGCAGGUGAGAGGGGAGCACCUCGCCGGCGAUGCUCAAAACCAGUCCAACGAAUCCAAGUCGGACGAGAAGUUUGUUCCCAGGCGGGAGUGGAAGAUCCACCUGACCCCGGUCGCCCUGGAGAUGAAACAGAGACAAGAGGAGAGGAGACGGAUGGUCCGCGACCUCUGCAGCGCCAACAGCACGUUGGAUUUCCCUGGCAAGAACAGGACGUUUGACGACAUACCGAACAAGGAGCUGGACCAUCUCAUCGUGGACGACCGGCACGGGAUCAUCUACUGCUACGUGCCCAAGGUGGCGUGCACCAACUGGAAGCGCAUCAUGAUCGUGCUGAGCGAGAGCCUGCUGGUGGACGGCGUGCCUUACCAGGACCCGCUGGACGUCCCCACCGAGCUCAUCCACAACAGCAGCUUGCACUUCACCUUCAAUAAGUUCUGGAAGCGCUACGGCAAGUUCUCACGCCACCUGAUGAAGAUCAAGUUAAAGAAGUACACCAAGUUCCUGUUCGUCCGUGACCCCUUUGUCAGGCUCAUCUCCGCCUACCGGAACAAGUUCGAACAGGAGAACGAGGAGUUCUACAAGAGGUUCGCUGUGGUCAUGCUGAAGCGCUUUGGAAAUUACUCAGACCCCCCGGCAUCGGUCGUGGAUGCGUUUGCUGCUGGCAUCAAGCCCACUUUCUCCAACUUCAUCCAGUACCUUCUGGACCCCAACACGGAGAAGGAGGCGCCCUUCAAUGAGCACUGGAGACAGAUGUACCGCCUGUGUCAUCCUUGCCAGAUAAACUACGACUUCGUGGGGAAGCUGGAGACCCUGGAUGACGACGCAGAGCACUUGCUAAGAAUCCUGCGCGUCGACAACGUGGUCCAGUUCCCGUCGAGCCAUCGGAACCGAACCGUGAGCAGCUGGGAGCAAGAUUGGUUUGCCAACAUUCCUUACGAGUCACGGAGAGAAGUCUACAAGCUCUAUGAGGCUGACUUCAGACUGUUUGGAUAUGCCAAACCUGAGAAACUUUUACAUGAGUGAAGUAGUGCUCCUGUGUGCUCCAUUGGAAGGAUAAGAGUUUGGGAAAACAAUAUUUUAGUUUAAAUGCCGUUGUUAGUUUACUGACAAGUUUUCUAAUACCCAUGGGAUUUUGUACAAGGGAUGCUUUUAUUUGUGCUUUCACAAGUCAUCUUAGUGAUUCAGAUAUUUAAAUUUGCAAUACAAGGGUUUGAAAAGAGGAUAGCUCGAAGAACAAUAAUAUUUUUUUUUGAUUGGUCCCGAUAAUCUCAAUGAUUGAUUAACAAGGUAACAAAGUAGUUUAGGCAAGAGUUUCUUAGAAGGUUCGGUUUUCGUGCUAAACUCUGUUUGUCGGUGUAAGAGAAUUUUUGUAUUGUUUUGAUAAGUAAAUAUAGAGAGUUGAAGCACUUUCUUUAAAGAAGGAAGUAAUGUCUACUGUAUAUCAACAGUAUUUUAUUAAAAACAGUGAAAGGGUCUUUGCUGCUCACACAGAGAAUUUAGGACAACUUAUAAAAAGGGAAAUGUGCAAAUGACCAGUCAGUCUAACGAUUUUCUAAAACAAAUGUUUAUUUGAAUGUUUCUUUUUAAUUUCGGUUCAUUUUAUAUAACUCCCCUCUCACAACAGAGGAAGUAUGAAUGUGACUAUUUGUGAGUUUAUGCGAAUGUGUUAAAAAUGCAGCUACCUUGCAUUAGAUUACAUUUUUUUAUGUAUCUUAGUUUGUACAUAUUUUUGUCUUUAAAUGGCACAAGCAUUCAUCGUAGCAGUGAUGUUAUUUAGCAUGCAGUGAGGCAGAUAUGCUUUGCUGCCUAUCGGCAUCGAAAGGAAAUUCCGUUGUAGCGGAUUAUGUUUCUGAGGAGGAUUGUCGAGCUUCUUUUCCUCUGUGUUCGUGACACUCCUCCUACUUUUUUUAGCGUCAGUUUCCUUUGAUUUGAACUCUCUUCCGUCUGGAAGGAGCACCGUUGAACUGGCUGAGUUUGUUUGCCGUAGUCAUUUGCAUGCCACAGAUUUGAACGGAGCAUGUGUGCCUUGCGGUCCUUUCCACAAAUGCAGAUCUCCUGAGGGACUCAGAGAAGAGGGAAUUACAGUGCUUCCCUACUCAACCAGUGCAGGGGAGUUAUGUAGAUUUGUUUGUUAAAUUAAUAGUUAUGUAGAUUUGUUUGUUAAAUUAAUAGGAAAGGGAGGCAGACUGCUUUCUUUCUGAAGUUUCUUAUGAUUUAGGACAUCGGAGAAACCAUGUUAAGCACAGAACAAUAUUUGGUUUUAUAUCUGCUUACAUUUUGUCCUUUCAAGGGCAACAGCAGCAGUAAAACAUUACUUGCAGUGCAAUGGUUCUUCUUGCAGUAGAAAGAUCAGGACAAAGAUCUUUUAGUUGAGAAUUAGAAACUGGGCACUUCAUUAUCCAUUGUACCGCACUCCUUCAAGGUCUUUUUGCCAUCAUAGAAUUUACCUGAUGCACUUUGCACAGAGUACUGUAUUUUCUGUUCUUGACUCUGAGAAUAUGUGUGCAUGUGUGUUUGAUUUAUUUUGGCAGGCUUGUGGUUUUUUUUUUUUUCAAAUGCAUCCUGCAAUGCUUUGGUGGGCUUGGGUCAAGAGAGUGUCAGCACAGAGCCCAGAGUUCACAUAGCAUCCGAUGGACAAGAAGGGACGGGACGGGGCUUGAAAUAUGCGUUACCUCCUCUGACCAAGUAGGCCUCAGGUCAGCUCUGGAGGAAAGUAGAUUCUGGCUAACACUGCACUGUUGCACCCACGCUGUAACGGUGCCUUUUUAAAGACAAGGGAAGUAACGUUUACACAGCAAAAAGCAUAAAAGAAAAUAGUAUUUUUCUAAGUCUGAGUAUAUUUGUCUAUGGAAAAAAGACUAUUGUUUAGGAACUCCUUGGGAAAUAUUUUAAUGAUGUAUAGUAUAUAUGAUGUAUACUGUAUGUUUAAAAAAAUAUUACUAUAUCUGGCCAAUGGCUAGGAUGCAGAGACUUGUCAAUGCAUUUUUUUUUGUGUGUUCCUUGUUGAAGUUUGGUUUCAUGUGGACAAAGCACAUCCUUCUCCCAUGGUCCAUCAAACAGACAGGGUCGGCGCCGGGAGGGGAGGGGGGUUGCAAAAGAGGGCGCUGCCCCCUCAGAUACAGUUUUUGCCCCCUCUAUAAAUUACAAACUUGCCGAUCAUACAUGCUCAUACAAAACCGUGUCAUUAAACAGGACAUUUGAGUUUUAACCCAAACAAAUAAAUCAACAACGAUUUAUCUUAUUGUGUAAUUCAUUGACUAAUAGUCACACAUCUACAGCCUACUCCCAGUAGACAGCGUGGGAGAACACUGAUUUUAUCCGAACACGUUUCAUUCUCUGUGAAGGUUUGUUCUUAGUGUGCAAUGAAUAGAAAAUCUAUUUUUGAUUGCCAGGCUCAUCAUGGCAAUCAGCCAAUUUGUUCCAUUUCUAUAAGGAGGGCGUAGUCUAUCAAAAACCUCAGUGACCAAAACCUUAUCUAGGUUUGAUUGAUAUGACAGUACAUGCUACCAAUCUUAGCAUGUUAAGGCUAAUUCAUUUUACUGGAGAAGUUCUGUUCACCCAAACCAUGUUUUGCACACAAAUCAACGAUUUAUGGAUGUAUCUCUUCUCCUAGUGCCAUUGCUUUGAUAACCUUGUUUUGUUCAGGCUAUAACUGGCAGCAUAGGCCGUGAAAAAAAUAUUGUUUGCAAUAUAGUAUGCAAGGAGUAUGUGUCUAGCUAGCAGCAGUAAACGAUGCAUUUCUGUGGUCCUUUUCGUUUCAGAAUGCUGGAAAAUUGUAGACGAGUAGGAUUUGGACAUUAUCUAAACAUGUUGAAUUUAGUUGCCCACCCUACACUAGAAAUCGUUGGCCCCCAUUGCAAAUCUCAAAUGCCCCUCAGUCAUUGGUCCCUGCAGCCGGCCCUGCAAACAGAAGAUUCUUACCUCUCCUAUGUACUGUCAUUGCCUGUGUGUUUGAAUAUGGUUGUGUAACAAUACAAAACUUGACGUUAUUUUUGGUAAAGUUAUGUGCCACAGAACUUGGAGAUUAUGAUCUACGUGUAUGUGUUUAUUUGUGACUUUUCUGAUGCCUCCAUCUAAAUGAAAGAUUACAAUGUGUCCUAAAAGGAUUUAUUUCAGUCACAGCAAGUCCUAGUUGCAUGCAAUGUUUAGUUGCAGGGUAAACUAUAGUGUUAGUUCAAAAAGGGAUAUCUUUAUGUAUAGUUUUCAUCAGGUCUGAAUAGUAAAAACAACUGUCAAGUGGACUGAUUUUAGGUCACAGUGUUCAGUCCUUUAUUUAUUACAGUAUUAUUUAAUACAUUUGAAGGCAGUUAUAACAGCAAGAAAAUGUGGGCAUGGUAUUAUACCUUGUAAUAUAUUUUUCAUCUUUUUCUCAGUUCCAGCAUUUGAUAAGUUGUGUGUGUUACAUAUUUUGAUUCCCAGUCUGGGCAUUAAAGUGACAUGGUUUAAUAAAAGAUUAAGCAUGUUUUUUAAAA